CCUGUCGUGAAAUAUGCUCCCGACACCUCACACGUGUGCAUCCACAUUCCCAGAAUCACCCCUUCGAUUCAUUCAAUCCCUCCUCGCGCGAAUAUCCUCACGCCUUUAUUAUUUCCCAAAGCGAGUCCCGGUGCGCGAGUCCCCUUCACAUUCUCUCAAGCCGGCGGGUUUCCUUCGCCAACGAAAGAAGCAGAAGAAGAAGAAAAGAACCCGUCGAAGACUCGCCGCGCAAGGAACACCGUGAAACGCCUCUCCAUCGAAGCCUCUACGCUCUUCACCGUCCGGUAUCCCGCGGGAGCACCAUAUUCUCCAGUGCACCGCCAGUAUCCUUCCCGCAAACACCAGGUUUUAGUUCUCAAGAUUGGAAGAAGAGAAGAGAUUUUACCGCGAAAAAGACGGAGUUACAAAACAUCUACAGUGGGACUGACCAUUCGAACGCGUUGGAUUGAGCAUCCAGUGGUUGGCAUGGAAAUGGAAAACACAGAAUGUCGUCUGGCGGUGGAUGUCGAAGCCUUUGUCUGUGAGGAUGAGGCAGAGAAGAACUCUACAAUGAGGGCGUCCAUUGGAAUUGAAGAUGUUGAACUUGGCCUGGGUGGGGAUGAAAUGGAAGAGAAGUCUCCAGCAAGGGAGUCCAUUGUAAAUAAAGAAGAUGCCAUUCGAGAGCCGUCUGUGGGAAUGGAAUUUGAAACUGAGCAAGCAUUGUACUUAUUUUAUAAAGAAUAUGCUCGGCGUGUUGGCUUCAGCGUCACUAAAAGAUCCACGCGCUAUUCAAAGAAAGACAACACAUUAAUUGCUGGCUUGUAUGUAUGUUCCAGACAAGGUUUCAAAGUUGAAAAGGAAAACAUAGUCAAUCCACGACCAGUCACAAGGGUAGGCUGUAAAGCAAUGAUAAAGGCAAAGAGAAUGGACUCCAAGAAAUGGAAAAUAUUUAAUUUUGUGAAGGAACAUAACCAUGAAUUGAGUCCAGGGAAUGUGUACUCUCUUCGAUCACAUAAGAAGGUACCCAAAUCGCAAAAGAAUGUGAUUAGAAAACCACAGGCUUCUAGAAUAGAAACAGAAAAUAUAGUUUCUUCGAUGGCCAAGCAAUCCAAUGGAAUCAACAAGUCAGGCCCCAUAGAAAAACAACGUAGAAAUCCAAUUGAGAAAGAAAGGCGAAAGUCACUUGCAGGAGAAGAUGCACAAUCUAUUCUUAAGCAUUGCAUGCGCAUGCAUGUAUUGAAUCCAGCUUUCUAUUAUGCAGUGGAAGUGGACGAGGAACAACAACCAAGAAGUGUUUUUUGGGUUGAUGCCAGGUCUAGGACGGCAUUUACAUACUUUGGUGAUGUAGUUACCUUUGACACUGCAUACUUAACAAACAGAUAUAACGUACCAUUAGCUCUAUUUGUAGGUGUGAACCACCAUGGGCAGUCGGUGCUGUUUGGUUGUGCACUCCUUGCAGAUGAGACAAAAGAGUCGUUUGUGUGGUUGUUCAAGACAUGGCUUGCAGCAAUGUCUGGACGACCUCCAAAGGCAUUAAUCACUGACCAAGAUAGGGCUAUAAAAGCAGCAAUCACAGAGGUUUUUCCAGAAACUCACCAUCGCCUUUGCCUAUGGCAUGUCUUGAAAAGAGUUGCUGAAAAAUUGGGUUACAUAUGUAGAGUUGAUCUGACGUUCAUUGAUAAGUUACAUAACUGUGUAUAUGACUCUUUGACAAUUGAUGAAUUUGAAAUGAGAUGGGAUAACUUGAUUAAAGAUUUUAACCUUGGGCAACACCCAUGGGUUUUGUCAUUGUAUAAAGAUCGACAACUGUGGGUCCCAGUGUAUUUGAAGGAUACAUUUUUUGCAGGGAUGUCUUCUUCACAUCCACAUGAAAUUAUCGACUCUUUUUUCGAUGCAUAUGUGAGUCCCAAAACCACACUGAAGGAGUUUAUAAACAAUUAUGAGAUAGCGCUUGAGAAUCGGUACAAGAAGGAAGUCCAAGCAGAUUUAGAGACAUCCCACACAGCACCCUCAUUGAGGACACCGUCACCUUUUGAGAAACAAGCAGCAUCUAUCUACACUAGAGAAAUAUUCAAGAAAUUCCAAGUUGAGGUUUUUGGAAUGUCUGCCUGUUCUAUUAGUUUUGUGCAGCUAGAAGGGGCAAUCACAACAUACAUAGUGAAGGAAUGGGAAGAUAUAGAAAAGCUGAAGGGGAAGGAUUACAGAGUUUUGUGGAAUGGUUCUGAAAUAAGAGUUUCUUGUAUUUGUCGAUUGUUUGAGUUCAAAGGCUUUCUUUGUAGGCAUGCGUUGGUUGUCCUCCUAACAUCAGGUGUUCCAAAGAUCCCAUCACAUUACAUUUUGAAACGUUGGACAAAGGAAAUGAGGAAUAGACAUGUGUCGGAUGAGUGUCGUAUUGAACAUGCAUGUGUUAGUGAUCCCCCCAAAACUAUCGGUGAGCGCUACAACGAUCUAUGCCAAAGAUUCAUUAAAUUUGCAGAGGAAGGAUCAUUAUCCGAAGAGAGCUACAUUAUUGUGCUGUAUGAACUACAAAAAGCAAUGCAGAAAGUUGCAGAUGCUAACAAUAAUAUCGGGAGACUCGCACCACCUGGAGUUAAGGAUCAGUUGGAGCAGGGAGUACCGAGUCUUGUCAAUCAUUAUAGCAUGCAUGAUUCUUGGCAACAAAUGGGACGAGAGUAUUUCGAGCAUAUUGGAUCUUGCGAACCGGUAUAUCACAUAAGAGAACCUUACCAAUAGCUGAAGUUAUGAGCACUUAGCUGAAGAUCUUGAGAUGCUAUUGAAAGGUUUUGCCGGAGGUUAUGUCCAACAAGAUUUAAGUCCUCAAGUUCAGUGACCUUGGAGAGAAGGCAUCGAUGGUCCGAUGUCCAUCAAGGUAUCAAGGACUGCCUUGGUACGUCUCUUGUAACUUCUGAAAGAACUACAAUAUAUCUCCCAAGCAUCUGGUGUAAAUGACAAUUUUUUACUUACAGCAAUUUUAUUGAACUUCAAAUUGCGGUCAGGUCAAAGCCAGGUCUGUCGCAUUAUAGGAAUUGUAUGGUCCCUGGCUGAUCCGUCCACUUUAUUUCAUGGAUGAAAUGGCCUUGUGUAAUUUCUUCCACCCAUGGAAUGGUGGAUGGUCUGGAUGAACUGGCCUUGCGGAAUUUCAUCCACCCAUGGAAUGGUGGAUGGUCUGGAUGAAAAAGGUUUUUAGGUAAUUUCUUUCACCCACUCCAACUAUGGAUGGUCAGUUAGACACUCAAUGAGUCUUGGGUUUGUUCCUCAUCAUUGUAUGCAUAUAAGGUAGAAAUACACUAAAAUCAUAUGUUCAUUAUGUGAUCUAUGAAACAAAUUGAAUUGUACA